UACUAAUCAUCUAGUAUUGCAACUUCUCUCUCAAGUCUUAUAUUUCUUUUGUUGCUUAUAAUCCCAUCAUGUCUAUCAAGAGUGUGUUUCCUCUCCUAGUGGUUACACUAUGCAUCGCUGCCUCGGUUAACGCUCAGCUACCGCAGUUUCCACCGAUCCAGUUCCCUUUUCCAAAUCCCUUCCAACCAAUGCCAGGAAUGCCCGACCUGACCAAGUGCUGGUCGACAGUUAUGGAUUUGCCAGGAUGCUUGGCUGAGAUCAGACAAGCCGUCAUGACCGGCAAAUUUUGGACCGUUGGUCCAGCUUGUUGUAAAGCUUUCCUAGACGCUGAAGCUAACUGCACACCAAAUCUUCCUUUCAACCCGUUUUUCCCACCUAUGCUAAAACAACAGUGCAUGAAAAACGCUCCUCCUCCAACCACCGCACUCUAGAAUGCAACAAGUGGUUGUGUUAUGUCAUAUGUGAGACAUUAUUUUUUUUUUCCAAAAUUUGUGUUAGUCCCAGAAUGUUGUUGGGUUUGAACAACAACAGCAAAAAGAAAGAAACAAUGAUCUAAUAAUAAUAAAGUUCAGUUUCUUA